AAGCAGGUAGCGCCAUCCUACCAACAGAAACCAAAACCACUUGCUAGCAGAAGAUCAUUUCCUUUCCGCCGCCAGCGCCCCCGCCCCACAAGAACUGGCAACGCUCUGCCUGCCGUGCCAUGGCGGCCAGCAAAUGGUCGAAUUUGCCGCACAACGUGCUGGAGCAGAUAUUUUCUUUUCUGGACCUCAGUUCUUCACGCAGCUGCUCCUUGGUGUGCAAAAACUGGUACACUGUGUUGAACGACGAAAACAACGACGUAUGGCGUAUGCACUGUGUCCGCAAACUGGCAGAAGAGGCGCUGAAAUCCGAUAUUCUCUGGAGUGUGCCCACCUGCAAAGCAAGGCUGCGCGCUUUCUAUCACGCGUGGGAUCCCAACGAGUGCUCGAGGAAUAUUUACAUCAUGCCGAACGGCUUCACCUUGCACCGAAACCCUGUGGCACAGAGCACGGACGCUGCGAAGGGCAAACUGGGCUUCAUCGCCGGCCGCCACUGCUGGGAGGUGUGGUGGGAAGGACCCUUAGGAACCGUGGCCGUCAUCGGAAUCGCCACGAAAGAGGCGCCCGUUCAGUGCCCGGGCUACGUGGCCCUGCUGGGCUCCAACUCUGAGUCGUGGGGGUGGAACUUAGUGGACAACCACUUGCUGCACAAUGGUGAUAGUCAGGGGAAUUAUCCGCUCCUGAAUAAUGCACCCAAGUAUCAGGUAGGAGAAAGGAUUCGCGUAAUACUCGACUGUGAGGACAACACCCUCGCAUUUGAACGCAACUACGAGUUCCUCGGAGUGGCGUUUCGAGGCCUGCCAGGGAAGCGGCUCUUCCCCGCGAUCUCCGCCGUGUACGGCAACACGGAGGUCUCCAUGGUUUACCUCGGACACCCGCUCGACGGUUGACACCGGCUGCACCCUCGGGUGCAAUCACCUCUCUAGCCACCUUGCCAUGCUCAAGAAGUCACCCAGCAGCCAGCCUCCCGUGGUGUGCCAUAUUCCGCGCUGGCGCUUCGUCAGCACGUCUGUCACAACAAGCAUUCCAGUGGACGUACACAAAGCAAUUCGGAGAGACGUCGGCUGCCCAUCGGCGUGGACGACGCUGGCUUUCCCGCACGAGUUACGCAUGUGUUUGCGAAGGACCAAGACUCUCUGUCGGACACGUGGAUGUGUGAAGUUUCCGGCACGUUUCGCAGCUUCCACGUUUAUCAUCACAUUGUCACUUUACUUCUCAUCGAAAAUGUCACGUUUAUCCAAUCCACAUGUGGUUGAUGCCGUAGCGUGCUUAUUUAUUAUUUAUUAGCUGUCUCUAAUAUGCGUGAUUAUGUUUUCCCCUGGAGAGUGGUAAACAAGGUGUUUGUGACGGACACAUUUCCACUGUGGUUUCGAAGGACACUUUAGCAGCAGUGUAGGUAAUGUUUUGAAGCCCAUCUCCUUUUAUGCCUUGGUUUAUUUCUUCGUAUGCAGCUGCCCAAACUGCAAAACAUUGUGUGACGAAUGUACAUUAGCAUCUCUUUCUUGGAAUAUGUUCUGUGUUUUGCUACAUACGAAAAUAUGAAGAUAGUUUUUUUUUUUAAUAAUUGCGUUAUAUGGUUUCUUUAGGUUCACUGAAAUUCUGUUCAUGUGUCUCUUUGGACAUUUGGUAUGUCAAAUUGCAGACGUCCAUGCAGUACAAGCUAUGCCAAUUCUGCAGUGUUCCAGGCGCGUUUUGAUGAAACGCUGGGACCACCACAUUGUUCUAGCUGUUCUUUUUUGUUAGUGCUGAUACCAAUUGAAAUUUCUUUCUUCGAUAUUAUGCGCCAUAUAAAUGAAUUAUUACACAG